GGCUACGCGGGCGGAAAGCCGGUUGGUUGUUUCAUGCCGGACGCUUUUAGCAGCUGCACCUGCACGCGCUGCUGUCAGGGGUGAAGGAAAGAUGGCGGCGGGGUUUCUGUUAAACCGCGGCGUGUUAACUUUAGGGAUUCACAGCCAGCGGCUGUGCAGAAGCGUCCCGCUUUUGCAGGUCAGAGAGAAGAAAAGGUGGAUGAAGGCGUACACGUUUUUGAUGGCGAAGAAGCUGAAGCUCGAAGGGCCUCCGCCUCCGAAGCCCCGGUGGCAGCAGCCUAACUGGGAUUACCACGCCGAGGUCCAGGCUUUCAGCGUCCGCCUGCAGGAGAACUUCUCCCUGGAGCUUCUGAAGACGGCCUUCAUCAACCCGUGUUAUCUGCGCGCCGAGCGGGAGAGGAGAGAGCAGCUGGGAGUGGACUCUGAGAGCACGGCUCUGUCUCUGAAGGACAACGUUCAGCUGAGGAACAGCGGAGAGCGUUUCGCCAAAAGCUUCCUGAGCGACUGGUGCAGGGCUAACUUCCCGAGACUCCCGGUUGUGGGGGUGGAGAGCAUAGUGGGGAACCUCACCAGCGCAGCCACCGUGUCUCAUGUAGCACGAAACCUGGGCGUUGAGGACCUGAGCAUGAGUGCAGACUUCCCCGUUCCCGACGAGGUUCUCCGCUCCACAUUCAUGGCCUUGAUCGGAGCUCUGAAGGAAAGCAGUGGAGCAGAGCGAACGGGGUUUUUUCUCAGGGAUUUCCUGUCGACUCAGCUGAUCGGAAAAGACCUGUUUGAUUUGUGGACUGUGGUGGACCCCAUGGGGCUGCUGGUGGAGGAGCUGACAGAGAGGAAGUGUCCUCUGCCUGAGCCUCGUCUCAUCAGGGCUGCUGGAGCCAGCACUGUCCUGCCACUCUACUUUGUCGGCUUAUACAGUGACCAGAAGCUCCUUGCUCAGGGUCCAGGAGAGACUCUAGUCGGCGCAGAGGAAGAAGCCGCUCGAGUGGCUCUCCGCAAACUUUACGGCUUCACAGAGAAUCGCAGGCCCUUCGAUUUCUCCCCACAACAGCUUCAGCAGCCGUUACUGCAGUCAGUCAGUAACUGAAACAGCAACUAAGCCUCAGCACCGAACUUUAUAAAGGAGACGAGCCGGCGGGACGAUAGCCUACAGGCUGAAGAGUUACUGUAGAUUGGAAAUACAAUCAUUCAGAUUAAAGAGCAAAGAAGGCCUCAAUACUAUCCAUUGUAUUUAUGUAACUCUUUUUAAAUAAGCUGAGCUCACAAAAAGUCUCCUGUAGGGCGAACUGAGCUUUGCUAGCAGUCUUGUUACCUUCUUGUAAAUAUUACAGAUGACAUUGAAUUUACUUUGGUUUUAAGUUGCACCUUUUAAUAAAAGAUAUUUGUUAAAAUAAAUGUA